GCAGCUGAGACGGGAAACGUAGCGGCCUGAGGAGAAGCCGGGCUGCGCAGAAGGGCAGGACGAAACGGGACACCAGUGUGCAACGCAGACCCAGGAAUCCAUCCCUGGUGCUGGGCCAUCCUGGGGGAAUGGGAGGAGCCCCUUCGGAGGACAAUAAACUCUGGAAUGAGGAAAUUGUAUUUUGAAGACAACCAAAAGGAGAACGUGUUCUGGGUGUGGCUGCAUGUGAUUUACCCAAUAGCCAAAGUGGGGGGACGCCGAAGGGGAAAAACAGAGCGUCUGCUGCUGAAGGGAGUGGAAGCUGAGGGCUGCAGGAUGAAGACCUCUGGAACCUGUAUACUGUUUUGUGUCUUAACACUCUUCUUGUCCCCAGCUGACUGGUUUCCAUGGAUGGUCAAUGGGCAAGAACCAGAAACUGCAACUGGUGGAGUUACCCCUGACAGCUCUGGUGCAGCUGCCACACCACCUGUGCCUCUUCCUCCUGUUCAGUCUGACAGUGAAGCAACAACGGCUUCAUCAGACUGCCGUGAGGAAAAGUUCCCCUGCACACGCCUGUACUCUGUUCACAAGCCAGUAAAGCAGUGUAUCAGCUACCUCUGUGUUACAAGUGUGCGUCGCAUGUAUGUAAUAAACAAGGAGGUGUGCACUCGCAUUAUCUGCAAGGAGAACGAGGUCAUGCAAGAUGAGAUCUGUCGCCAGCUGGCUGGCCUUCCUCCUCGACGCCUCCGCCGGUCCGGGCAGCCCCUGCCUCUCCCUUGCAGACGGCUCCUGGAGCAGCAGCGCAGGCCUGAUGCUCUGUGAGCUACCAACAGUAGGAGAGGAAAAGGAAGAGAGAGAAGUCAUCAUCCACUACCCACAGUCCAAAUCAAGUGCUUCUUGAUUGUGAUUCCCCCAUUAUUUCCUGGCUUCUAUGCCCUCUUCUACAUUCUCUUCUUCAGGUGCUGCAGGGCACAGAGUACCCUCUCUGCCAAUCUGCCAUGGUAGCUGUUGUCAUAUUUAUAAUCUAUUACUGAGGACAGGGGACUCUCCCCUCUUUUCUGUCACACUCUGCCUGGCAGGCUGUGAGAUGCUCAUUUCCCAGAGGUCCUUAUAAAUGUGCUGCACCUUCCCUUGCUUUGCCCCUGGAGAGAGCCAGAAACGGGGACAGGAUGAAGUCCUCCUCAGUGGUAAAGACGCCCUAAGCUACAUCUCAUCUCACCUUCAUGCCCUAGGACUCCUGCCCUAGAUUUCUUGCCUGGCAUCAGCAUGAGCUCAGAUGUGGCUGGUCAGCCUGAGCCUCUCAGAUUCUCCCGAGCCACUGUUGUAUGACAGCACAUUCUCCUCCUUGUGUCUGCUGGCCUCAGGGAAGUGACAGAACUGGGAGAUGACCUGUCUUGAAUCCAAGGCACCCCUCCCUGGGUGGCAAUAGAUCAUUUAUAACUACCUCUGGGAAGUUUUUGUCUCAAGCCCAUUGCCUCCCUCACACACAUCUCCUACCCAAAGGAAAAAAUCUGGAUUUUGUAUGGCAUUAUAUUUUUCUCAAAAAGAUUAUGUUGGAUCAGAGUGCUGCAUCUCCUCUCCUCUCCUCUCCUCUCCUCUCCUCUCCUCUC